CUGGUCUGGUCUGUGCUAAGUUCAAGAUGGUGCGAUUACUUCCGUUAGCAGUACUGCUCGUUCUGGCCACGCUUACCAAUGCCAGAACGCUACCGAACCGAAGCAAACAAGUGAAAGUGUACAGCUACGUGCUGCCGGCCGGGGCGGAGGAGAUACGUGACGAUAUUAACCACUCGUUUGCGUGCGCCAACCGUACCGAUGGGUUCUACGUCGAUAUCGACAACGAUUGUCAGAUUUUCCACCGUUGCCAAGAUCAUGCCCGGUUCAGCUUCAUCUGUGCCGAGCGUACCGUCUUCAGCCAGAUGUAUCAAACGUGCGUGCACGACGGACAGCUUGGCUAUCCGUGCGAGGAGUCCGCACAGUAUUACCCCGAAGGUGAGGGAUAUGAGCCGUCCGCUCCGGGGGCGGAGGCCGCCGAAGAAGCUCCACAGGUGGAGGAAAUGCAGCCCGAACAGCAGGCAGUCCCAGCAGAGGAGCUAGAAGCACCGCAAGCUCCUGCCAAAGCAGUCGAAACUGUGGCGCCUAGUGAACAGGACACUGCGGCAAGUUCGGAGCAGAGCUCCCAGGAUAGUGUACAGCAACCAUCGGAACAAGCGGAACAAUCGGCCGUGGAAGUGAACGACGAACCAGAGCAACAGCACCAAGAGCAUCAAGAGGAGGAGGAAAUCCAUCAUCAGGUAAAUGCUGAUCUGUUUGAUCCAAUUGAGGAGGAGAGUGAGGUACCGUCGGAGAACUCAGCGCAGGAAGUUAUGGAUGAGGCUGAACCUUCUUCGUCAUCUGCUGUGCCGUCGGAAGCUACCAGCUCGGAUCCGGCCAACACUCAGGAAGAGGAGUCGAACGAGGUUGAAGUUAUGGAUGAUGCCACAACCCAACAGGAAGAACAGCAACAGUCGGAACAGGAACAAACAGUGUCCUCAGAACCUGCCCCUUCCGUUGAGUUCUCCGAUGCCACACCUCAGGAUGAAGUUGUCGAAGCGGAACAACCUGUAAACACCGAAACGGAAGCUGAAAGUACCCCGACCGAUCCGGAACCGUCCGCUACUGUGGAGCUGGAAAACGAAACACAGCACCAAGCCGACUCGCUAAUCAAUGCCGUGCAGGCGGUGGAAGAGCUAGAACCUAUCGUACACGAGCUCGCUGCAGAGACGGAAGAACUGAAACCGCUCGUUGCCGAGCUAGUGCAAGAUCCCGCUGUUCCAGCUCCUAGCCAAGAAGACAACGAACUGCUUGCACCCGAAUCGGACACCAGCGCAACAACCGAUAUGGAAGCGCCACAAGCGGCAUCGGAUGCGUCAUCCAGCGAUAGUGAACCGACCAGCGAAGCAGCGACGAUGGAAAGCGAUGCGGUGAACGAACUAUCGCCCGAGAUGGUGUUGAGCUCGGCCGUACCGGCUGAUGAUUCAUCGAACACGAUCGAUACGGUCAGUGUGGAGGCGGACGAAACGGCACAGCCCGCCGCCGCACCGGAAACGGUCGAUGACGUCCAGCAGACGGAAGGUGAAGCAGCCACACCCGACGCACCGGAACGACCAAUGGAAAGCCCCGCGAUCGUGGAGGAGAUGGCACCGGUGCGACCGAACGAUAGUGCCGAGCUGCCGGAGCUGAUCGUGUCGACCGAGUUCCACCUGGACGCCAUCACCCAGGGACCACCGAUUCGGCGGCGGAAAACGUUCCUCUUCCGGGCCGAUGCUAUCCGGAACUCGCGACACUGAGCGACACCGGGAGGCGACAUGCGAAGCAUGCUAUAUAGGUUUAGAUGAUUUUAGGUAGGUUCCCCACGUCCAUCGCAGUUUGAACGAUGCACACAAGGAUGCACGGGUUUCCGGCCCGUGUUCGACCGCGCUAGGAAGUAAGUUAAUUUAUUGAGCAGGAUUUUAAACGAACCAAUCAACCCACAAAACAACACUUUCCGCGUGGUUUGUUGUGCAGAAAGCCACUGUCGAAUUGAAUCCAAUUAAACGACUCCGAAAUAAAAUCUUUAAAAACGAAA